GUCGGUGCCGCUCUAGCCGCGCCUCUCGCUGCUCCGCCGGGAGGCCGGCGCGCCGCAGGGGUCCUCCAAGAUGGCGGCGCAGAGGAGGAGUCUGCUCCAGAGUGAGCAGCAGCCAAGCUGGACGGAUGAUCUGCCACUCUGCCACCUCUCUGGGGUUGGCUCAGCGUCUAACCGAAGCUACUCUGCUGACGGCAAGGGCACCGAGUGCCACCCUCCAGAGGACAACUGGCUCAAGUUCAGAAGUGAGAACAACUGCUUCCUGUACGGGGUCUUCAAUGGCUACGAUGGCAAUCGGGUGACCAACUUUGUGGCCCAGAGGUUGUCUGCAGAGCUCCUGCUGGGCCAGCUCAACGCUGAGCACACCGAGGCCGACGUGCGGCGUGUGUUGCUGCAGGCCUUCGAUGUGGUGGAGAGGAGCUUUCUGGAGUCCAUCGAUGAUGCCUUGGCUGAGAAGGCGAGCCUCCAGUCCCAGUUGCCUGAGGGUGUCCCCCAGCACCAGCUGCCGCCUCAGUAUCAGAAGAUCCUUGAGAGACUCAAGACACUGGAGAGGGAGAUCUCGGGAGGUGCCAUGGCCGUUGUGGCAGUCCUUCUCAACAAUAAGCUCUAUGUCGCCAACGUUGGUACAAACCGGGCACUUCUGUGCAAAGCUACAGUGGAUGGGUUGCAGGUGACCCAGCUGACCAUGGACCACACCACGGAGAACGAGGAUGAGCUCUUCCGCCUUUCACAGCUCGGUUUGGAUGCAGGAAAGAUCAAGCAGGUGGGCAUCAUCUGUGGGCAGGAGAGCACCAGGCGCAUUGGAGAUUACAAGGUCAAAUACGGCUACACUGAUAUUGACCUGCUCAGUGCUGCCAAGUCCAAACCCAUCAUCGCAGAGCCAGAAAUCCAUGGUGCACAGCCUCUGGAUGGUGUGACGGGCUUCCUGGUACUGAUGUCCGAGGGAUUGUACAAGGCUCUGGAGGCAGCCCACGGGCCUGGGCAGGCCAACCAGGAGAUCGCUGCAAUGAUUGACACGGAGUUUGCCAAGCAGACCUCCCUAGAUGCAGUGGCUCAGGCUGUGGUGGACCGUGUGAAGCGCAUCCAUGGUGACACCUUUGCCAGUGGUGGUGAGCGUGCCAAGUUCUGCCCACGGCAUGAGGACAUGACCCUGCUGGUGAGGAACUUUGGCUACCCACUGGGUGAGAUGAGCCAGUCCACGCCAACCCCUGCCCCAGCUGCAGGAGGCCGAGUGUACCCCGUGUCUGUCCCCUACUCAAGCGCCCAGAGCACCAGCAAGACCAGUGUGACUCUCUCCCUUGUCAUGCCCUCCCAGGGCCAGAUGGUCAACGGUGCCCACAGUUCUUCUACCCUGGAUGAAGCCACCCCCACCCUCACCAACCAAAGCCCCACCCUGACCCUGCAGUCCACCAACACACACACACAGAGCAGCAGCUCCAGCUCCGAUGGGGGCCUCUUCCGCUCGCGACCCGCACACUCGCUCCCACCUGGUGAGGACGGCCGCGUGGAGCCCUACGUGGACUUUGCCGAGUUUUACCGCCUCUGGAGUGUGGACCACGGCGAGCAGAGCGUGAUGACGGCACCGUAGCCUGGCCUCGGGACGCAGCCUAGGCAGGACCUUGCAUAGGGACAGGCCCAGCACUGAGGCAGAACAGGGUUUAAGGCUUCCUGACCCUUGCCUAUGCCGUGGGACCAAGUGGGCUCCUUUCAUCAGCCUGCACCAGACUCUGUCCCGAGAGCAUGAGUGCAGACUACCUCACUUGUCUGCAUAGGAGACUGAAGGCCAGGCUACUGGACCCUCAGCCAGGGCCACGCGUGGAAACUGCAGCUGGCCUGCAAGCCAUCUUGUGGACUCCCAAGUGCCACAGGCCCAACAACAGACUCUGCCCUCUCAAAGCCACAGCCUCCCCUUGGAAGAGCCGCAGCAGGUGCCCCUCGCCUCUGCAUGGUAGUCCCCCUCCAGCCUUUUAGCCUGAGCCCCUCAGCCCACAGCGAAACCCCGCUGUAGUGUGUACCCGUUCCCUGGUUGUCAUUGGCAAUACGGGAAGGCCAGGGAAACACUGGCAUCCCGGGAUGGCCACAGGGGAGUGGCACGGGGAGAACGAACCAGAGGAAACUUAGCUGUGAAAGUAGAUGCAGCUGAGCUCCCCUGGAAGUGCAGGGGUGGGGCUGGGCUGCUGAGCCGGCUUUCCCAGGGGACACACGAGGUGUGCCUGGGUGCACCAGUGGCUGCAGUCGCUGCUUUUACUAGACCCUGCCUAGAAGUAGGAGAGCCCCAGUCCGAUGACCAGGUUCCUCCUGCUCCUGCUGGAGAGACCACAGCGCAGAGCGGUGUGGGGACAGCUGCUCUGCUCUGGUUUCAGCCGGUGAGCGGCUGAGGCCUGUCGGAAGGUGGAAGGUGGCUGUGGCGGGACGACGCUCUCGGCUGGGAGCUUUAGGAAUACACUCGAUGUUUACAGACAAAGGGAAGGGAAGGGCUGGGCCACCGUGCCCCGAGUUAGAGCAGGUCACCUGCGUUCUUUGCCUUCAGUGGGGAUCGGAGCCCCAGGGCUGCCCGCAACAUGCCCUCUCCCGUGCCCAGAAGAGCAUGCAGAUGCAGACCCAGGGAGCACUCCUUGCCCAAGUGCUGCCUUCAUCGCUCCUGGCGCCCGUGAUCAUACCAUGACCUUUGUGUAUCCGUGGUUCUAAGAUUCUACCACUCCCUCCCUAGCUCCCCCUUCACAGGGUCCUCCCCCGGGCAGUGCCCGGUGUGUCUCCUGUCUGCAAAGGCCAGCAGCACUCCAGAGCCCCUGCUCGCUCACUGUGUGGCCACCUGUGCAGUGCCAGGGAGAGGCUGGACUUCCUGGGGAUGCAAGGUGAAAGGGGGAAAAGUCCAUCUCUCUGGCAGUGCCCAGCUGCCCCUGCCAGGAAACCACCCCUAUCCUGCAGGUGAGUGCAUUUCAGCUGGCUCACAAAGGCUUAGGGACAAAGGCCAUUCUCUCCCAGGAAUGUGGUGCUAUUUGGUUUCUAGAAAUAGAACUAUGUUCUUACUGCAGUAAAGUAACUCAUGGCGGUCUUA